AUCAUGUUUAGAGCAUUACGGGCACGAGCAUGCGCACGUCCUAAAUCGAUGACAUGCAUAACAAUAAGCUGUUUUGAGAUCGAGAAAAAAGCUCGGUCGAGUUGCCAUUGUAGUGCAUCUUGGGGCUGUUUCAGGGAAGGAAAUAGACGCCAUCUUGGAAAUACGUCCCUAAAAAAGCCCCACAAUGCAUUGUAAACCAGCUCGAUCCAGUUAUUUUCCCUCAACCUCAGAAAGGCUUAUAGCAGGGUGAUAAUUAGAUACUGGGGUUUUACAACACGGCCUUCAAGAGCCUUAGCUUUUGAAACAAUUUACAAUCAAAUUUUCGCUAAGUUUUAAAUUCUGAGAUAUUCUAGAUAAUUUUAAGCUUGUCGACAUAGCAACGGUAACUAAAGGGAGUCGGAACAAUGACUUGCUUUAUCAAAUAUCGAUUAGCCGAGACCACAAAAGGUCCAAACUUUCGUUACGGUCUGGUACCCCCUUUGUGUAAUAUAGAAUUAAUGCGUUGCUGGAUAAAGCGUUUUCAUGUGACGUCACAUUGUACCAAAACGAUACAUUUUCUAUCUUCCGGGAAUUGAACUCUAUUUUUAUGCAAAUACUGUGCAGGAAGUUUCUAUUGUUUAUGGCUGCCUUCUCAAGUGAGUGAAAAACGCUCCAUAAUUUCAUGUACCAAGUACAUUCGUAAUAUACCACUGAAUGGCCAAGAYGAAUUUCCAAACCCGAUUUCGCUUAGGAGGUUUGAAAAUGCUGUUGGUCCUCUUGAUUCUACUCGUUUACUUCCAGCUGCUUAUUUUCUGGUCGGUAAGUUCAAAAAAACACGAUUACUCACAAAGUUUUCAAGAACAAAAAGAAGCCAAAGGAACCAAGAAUCUUCAAGAUAUCACUUUAAAUCAUCGGGGGAUUAAUAAGAUUCUCCAAACCCAAAUGGUUUUAUCGUAUCAGCCUCGAACUAAAAGCUUUACGAAACAGAAAGAAAUCACAACAGAAACACAAAAGCCACGAACUACAACCCUCCAACCCUCAAGUCCUACAACCCUCCAAGGGUCUACCAAUAACUCGUCUGAGAAAACAACGCUUAAACACCUGUUCACAACCAAGAAAUCUGCUGAUAUGGAGAAUGAUUAUUAUCCUUUUGUCGACUUUUCUUUCGUAUGGCCAGAAACCAUGCCAGAUUUGAAAGGAGAAAGAGAUUUUUUCCUAGUUGUUGUCGUUAAUUCAGCCGCCCGAGGAGAAAAAUACAGACUGCGUCGCGAAGCCGUCAGAAAAACUUGGGCAAAACAUGUGACAAAAUGUGAACUACUACAAAGUGCGAAGCUCAGAAAUCAUAAAUGGAUCUUAGUAUUUUCGUUAGGAAAGGCAGGAGAAUAUGCUGAUGAUAAAGCAAAUGCUGAAGAAGCCAAAAUGCACAACGAUGUUCUAAUAGGUGACUUUGAAGAUAUUUAUAUCAACAAUGUUAUUAAGAUGUUUAUGGGGAAACUGUGGGUAUCUUCAAUGAAUGUACGCUAUAUUCUUAAGACAGACGACGAUGUUUAUGUUCAAAUACCUUCACUUAUAGACUUCCUUGUGACACAAGGUUAUCCUAAACCAUUUUAUGGAGGUGCGCCUUACUUCAACUUCAAAGUGGAUCGAGACCCCGAGGGAAAAUGGGCCAUAAGCAAAAAAUAUUUCAGUGAAGAUAUUUUCCCUACUUUUUGUGCUGGGGCUUUCUACGUACUUUCCACAGAUAUUUUGCCUAAAUUGUUUAAUUAUGUUCGUCGAAGGCGACCAUUUCACACAGACGAUGCCUAUCUUGGGAUUGCAGCUAGAGAUAUGAACAUAACGGUCCAAAGAAUCCCCGGCCUCUUGUUGGAGCCCUCUAUGUCCGAUAUUUUGAGAGGCUUUGAUGACUGUAAACUGAUACAAGCGAGGGGAUAUGGACACGACGUAGAUCCGCCGACAAUGAACAUAGUUUUCAAUCGUUUAGAGGAUCUUUGUAGAAAAAACUUUUCUUGCUAAUAAAGAACAUUUACUGGUAUUUCUAGUUGAACGCGGCUCUCGACUAAUAAACGUUUCACGUCACCAAAUUGUACGCCCCAACACAUUGGUUUGGCAGGUGAAAGUACGUUCUUAUUUAUCCGUGAACUUGUUGGAAUUUGCGUGUGAACCUGUUGUGACUUCGCUUAGCCAAUUUGACAAUUUUUUGACAUGGUUUUCUUAGUUAUUAGACCUUUUGCAUAAAAGACACGUGUCCGUUGUACCAAGACGUCCCACUUAUCAAGC